AUGUUAAAACCAGAGUCGUACGAUAGUGCUAAAAAAGUUGUGGAGGCGCAAGUCAUCGCAGCGAUGCAGAAACAAGGAUACACUUUGAACGCUGUAAAUAAUUAUGAUGAGAAUCUGCUGCACAUAAGCGCGGCGAACGGUUGUCUCGGUAUUGUAAGAGAAAUUUUGAACCAGAAGGAGAACUGCCGUGUCAUAGAUAGAAAGAAUAAAUUUGGAUGGACCCCAUUGAUGCAAGCAAUUCGUAAUGGAAAUAUCGACACUGUGAAAUUGCUUUUAGAGAGAAACUCCGACGUUAAUCAAAUGACUUAUCUUGGCAUGUCGGUCCUUGGAUUAGCUGCUGCGAUCAGUAAGGAGAUGUUCGAAACAGUGUACAACGCCUGUCCGGACGCGUUAGCAAACACAGCUAACGAUGACAUUACUCCAUUAUGCGUGGCUGCCAUGAAGAACGACAAGGAAUUGUUCUUAAGAUUGUUGGAAUUAGGCAUGCCGUCUUCGACUACCAAUGGGUACACUCGUAUUAUGAUGAAGCAUUCCACAGUACCGGAAAUAGCCACUCUGGCGAACGAAGAAAUGGCCAUAGAUGAUUAUUGGAAUGAUACAUCAGAUAACAUCGAAAUCAUAAGUGAAAAAAAUAUCAACAAUACGACAGAAGAUCGUUCUAUUUCAAAUGAUGACGAAAAUAAAGGAGAAAAACUCAAGCUGCAUUUGUUACGAUUUGCGGUAGAAUCCGAUAAGCAAAUUAGCAGAAUAUCACCAAAUUUAACCUAUGAUGUGUUCACGUUUCCAAAAGCAGAUUUUGAAAAGGACAGUCUUAUAAAAAAAUCAGACGUUUCCUUAAAUGAAAAUGCGAACGAUGAAAAUAAUUUGAAAAAGAGUUCGGCGACAGACGAGGAUGAGCUUGAAUCAUCUCCAACUGGAUUUCAAAGAUUACAAUCAGUACGACCUGUCGAUCUCGACAUAAAGAAUCUCUCGUGCAAUUUUAACGUCACUCUGGGAUUCACACCCGAAUUCAGCCCUGUCAAAUCGCCUAACGUACCCCCUGAUGUUAACGAGGAGAAUGUAUUUGGCGAAAAUACCCCAACACCACCGCGUUGCAAAACGCCACCGAAGGGAAUGCUUUUGAAUUGGCCACAGACGAAAAUGAUCAUGGUAUUGAAACGCUUCGGAUUGAGUCAACACAUCCCUAUAUUUCUUGAACAGGAAGUAGACUUUGACUUAUUUCUAACACUUAUGGAUAACGAUUUGAUAGAGAUCGGUAUUGAGCACGAAAAAGAUAGACGCGAUUUGCUGGAGGCAAUAAAGGAAUGCAUUAAUCAUAAAACAUAUUAA